AUGUACGGAGUAGGCUGGCUGGCCCCUUUCUCUUUUGCCCUUUCUGCCGUCCUCCCCUUCCCGCAUCCUUCUCAACGGUAUCAAGUGCGAUUGAAGGAAGGACAGACGGGCAAGACAAUGAAAAAUAAAAAAGACUUUCGCCCGGCAGGCCUUGAUCUCGAUGUAUAUGUCCAUGUGCGGCCGCAGCGGUCUCCUGCCGCCAGGGUCCCGAUGGGGGAAAAAAACGUGUAUGCCAUGCUCUCAGAUUUCUGGGAAUCUAGCGAUAGCCUUCGUAUCCUUCUGCUGCAUGAAGAUCGAGCAAGAAGCCCUGAGACUCCCCACGUCGACUUCUCUUGGCCUCCAUAUUAUAUCCUGUGCUAUGGUGCGCUGUGUUAUACCACCGUCGCACAUUCCAAUGGAGCAAGCACAUCAGCCUACUAUCUUAGCUUGCUUUUCAAAACCCCCGUCGCGUCGUCGUCGGCUAUAGCCUAUCACCAUGGGAGGAAAUCCAGAAAGGAAGGAGAGGAAAAGACCGGACUGGCUGAUCGUUCUGAAAUACGAGCCUUAAACCGCCUAUACUUUGACGUCGUCCCUCCCCGCGAACGAGCUAUGUAUGCAAGGAACAAGUGUAUGGAAGGGCCAUCUUCGGCCUUGAGCGCUCUUUUGGACAGCGGGGGCCAGGGUUCAAGCUCCGUAUGCCCGAAUCAGCCUUCCUUGCGGUCCGAAUCGUCGUCUUCUUUUCUCUUCCUUCCUUUCCUUCUCGAUGCAACAGCGAAACUCCCUGGCCCGCCCUUGUCAGGAAAGUGCACGCGUAUGGGGAACCUCGGAAUAAGAACCCUAACCGUAUUUCCUCAUGGUAAACACAAAACAAGUUAA